CACACAGAUGACUUUCAGCUUGUUAUCCCUGAAAGAGGUGAAAGAGUUAAGAUUUGUUUGGGAUCUACUCUCAUUGUCUCAUGUCACUUGUCUCCUGCAAUCAGUGCUGUUGACAUGGAGGUUACUUGGUAUGGGACGUCAUGUGUGUGCAGCUAUAAGACCAGAAAGAUGACACAGGGUGUUGACUAUGAGGACAGAGCCAGUCUGUUCAUUCAUGACCUGGUGAAAGGGAAUGUGUCCUUAAGAGUGAAAGAUUUUAGAGAGUCUGAUCUGGGAGUUUACAUGUGCCAGGUCACCAGUGGAAAUAAAAAACAGCAGAUAACAGUAAAUGUAGCAGAAGAAGUCUCUGCCAAUUUCAAGGACAUCUUUACAGUGAUGGAAGACUUGUGCAACAGUAACUUUCAGCUUGUUGCUCCCAGUAGAGCACCCGGUCCAGGGGUUUCUUUGGGGUCUGAUUUCAUUAUUCCCUGUCACUUGUCUCCUGGAAUCAGUGCUCUUGAUAUGGAGAUCAUGUGGUAUAAGGAUAAAGCCAGUGUUUGCCUGUAUAAGGACAGGCGGCUGACAGAAGGUGUUUUCUUCAAGGGCAGAGUGAGUCUGUUCAUGACGCACAAGCUAAGAAAAGGAAAUGUGUCAUUACUUCUGAAAAACUUCACGAUGUCAGAUGUAGGAAAUUACCAUUGUCAGGUCAUCAGUAAUGACAGGAGCGAGGAGAUAACAGUAAGAGUGAGGAUUAAUCCUGCUGUCCAACCUGUGAGUCGGUUACCAAUUCAAGAUGGAAAUGCUCAGUUAUUGCUACAUGAGGAUAAAAUGACAAGAGAACCAUCCAACGAAUUAUCAAGGCACACUUCACAUCACAGUCGAUCAGAUAAGAAACAACAUGGGAAUUACAGCAUGGGCGUCUCAAGCAAUGAUCAUUUUCAACUUGUCAUUCCACAAACAACUCAACAAUCAAAGGUUUCUCUGGGGUCUGAAUGCAUUGUUCCUUGUUACUUGUCUCCUGUAAUCUGUGCCACUGGUAUGCAGAUCAAAUGGUUUAAGGAGACAGACUGUGUUUGCGUCUACAAGAACAGACACGUGACUGAGGGGAGGGCUUACAAAGACAGAGUGAGUCUCAUCACUCACGAGCUGGAGAGAGGAAAUGUGUCCUUACAUCUAACUGACUUCAGUGUGUCAGAUCUUGGAGAUUAUCAUUGUCAGGUCAUCAGCAGAGACAGAGCAAAGGAGAUUACAGUAGGAGUGAGGAUGAAUCCUGAAGUCCAGCCUGUGAGCCAGUCACCAACUUCUCAAGAUCGAAGUAUUCAGCUAAUGCUGUUUGAGAUACACAAAAUAUGGACCGAAGAGGAGACGUACAAAAUGGAUGAAUCUGCUCUAAUGUCAGAGAUGAAAGCGAACAGUGCAGGAGCUUCACCAAAUGUUGGUUAGGGCUUACACAGAAAGAGAGAGAGACAACUGGAAAUAACUGAACAGGCCUUGAGAGAGACCAGAAUAAACUUGGACAGAGU